UAUGGCUUGCCCUGCCAAACGAUACGGUUCUGUUAUCAGAUUGAACGAGGACAAAGUAGAAGAGUAUAAGAAGCUUCAUGCUCAGGUUUGGCCAGGUGUGUUGGCUCGUCUUGAACAAAGUAAUGUCCGUAACUACACCAUAUAUCACUGUAAGGAGCUGGGGUUGUUGUUUUCACAUAUGGAAUAUAUUGGAAGUGAUUUUGCUGCGGAUAUGAAAGCUGUGGCUGAUGAUCCGAUUACUAAGGAUUGGUGGAAGGUUUGCGAGCCGUGUCAAACCCCGUUAUCAUGGGAAGGUCCUCCACCAUCAAAGGGAGGUAAAGGGGAAUGGUGGAAACCAAUGGACGAAUGUUUUCAUGACGGACAUCCAGCAACCUCUUAUAAAUAAAAAUUUAGGUAUAAAUUUGGACUAAUGUAAAAAUAUAAAAUUUAAUUUUAAAAUCUUUAACUAAAUCCUAAUUGAAGUAACAAGCAUAGCAGAUGUAAAACUAUUGUCUGUGAAAUUGCCCAAAAUGAAAUUAAUCUGUUUUUUACUUUUUUUUAUCACUUUGAUUCAUAAGAGUUUCUGAUAUAUAAUUGUCAGCAUACCAGUAUAACAAGUUGUCCACUAUUGCCUGUAUUUGCCUAAAACCAAGUUAAGGUGGCUGUACACAGUAUCCGGAAUUCGUCCGUUUUGUCUGUUUUGUCCGGAUUUCGAUGCCGCAUGCGGAAUUGGAUGGGAUUUUGCAUACGAAUUCGCAGGGUUUGCAUACGAUUUCGCAUGCGAAUUCGCACACCGGAUACUGUGUACAGCCACCUUAAGUUUUUUUAUCUAAUUAAUAUUAUUUCACUUUAGUUCGGCAUUUAAUAUUGUGGCCAAUUUAUUGCAGCAACAAAACUAAUUCGUUGUUUCUGUCUUAUUUCUUCUCAGUUGCAGUAAUUAUUGCUUUGGAAUUUUUUUCAUUUAAGUUUUUUUUAUAAUUUUUUUUAUUCCAAAUUUAGUUUUAUCGCGAUUAGUCACCCAUUUGUUCCCCUGACAUACUAUUGUGAUGUCAUUAGUGCAAUUAUCGUAUAUUAUUCUGCUUUGUGUUAACAGUUACUGUAUAGUAGGGUGGGGGAAGAUGGGAAACCUUUAGCACAUAAUAUCCAAAUAUCCUGAUCGUGUUUUAAACAACGGUCUAUGGGAGUUGCGAGAAUACGGUUUUAAAAAUCUUUGAAUGUUCUUUGUUUACUACCAUAUGGGACGAGAAAAUAGAAUGAAAAGGUGUCCCAUCUUCCCCCACUUUAAUAUAUAAUUGUGUUUGCCAACUCAACCUUGGUGUUGCAAAGUUUCAUUCAAGAUGUAGAAUAUAAUUCAAUAAAGAUUUACAAAGUA